AUAAGGUUUUGGAGGCUCCAAUAGAUGAUUUUUCCAAGCUUGAAUUUAGAGAGAGCAAAGGGUUCGAGAGCCUAGCAAAAGUCUUAGUCGAUGGACGGCAAGACCAAGGAGGGCGUAGCCGAAGCCACAUCCAGCGGUCCAUAUACGAUGUUUGAGUUGAAAGUGGAUACCACGAAGCCUGGAUGGCACAAGGCAAUGAUAACACUGUCUCGGAGCAUCAAAGAUGUCUGUUAUUAUAUCGAUGGUGAAGGGUGUGCACAUGUUUCGGGUUACAUAAGCCCUGGGUUGCUCCAUAAAAUUCUAGCAAAAGUAGCACCACUUGCAGAGUUCAAAUGGUUGGCUUGUGCACAUGAUGAAAAGAAUGCGCAGAAUGGACAUGAUUCUCACUAUAACAAUGGAUAUUACCAUCACUAUUACAAUUAUAUGUAUGAUCCUCGAAGUUUAUAUGAUCAAUACCAGCAAUCCUCUUACUACCAUCCACAAUUUGAGACGGUGUAUGAUCCUCGAAGUUUAUAUGAUCAAUACCAGCAAUCCUCUUACUACCAUCCACAAUUUGAGACGGAGACUCAUCCUCAUUCUUCUUUCCAUACACCAUCGCAGCCUCCUGUGGUUGACAAACAAAGUAGUGGUGAAAAGGCAGUAGCAAAUCCAGAUCAGACUAAAAAACCCCACGCUAAAAAGUUCAAUAAGUUUUUUAAGCUGAUGCUGAAGCGGUUUCGAACUGUUGGUGUACGCAUUAUUAAAGCUUUUAUUUCAUAGUUCCUUGAUGAAGAUGCUAGCAAUCAUUAUGCUUUGAUGUAUUUACUAAAUAUGGAUUUGGAACAAGUUAGGGUU